AACGCCUGCUUUCUUGUCCGCUGCGGGUUGGGCCUCUCGACGAUUCUCGCGGCCCAGCGGCCCGGUCGGGCUGAGGUCGCCCUCGCCUUUCCGGUCGGAUUACCGGGAGCGUGCCCGUGAGCUACCCCGGCGUGUCUUGCCGAGUGAAAUCAAAGGACUUGGUUGUCGGGGAAGCCUUGGGGGGAGGGGGGGGACGCGCUUUCCUCCCAGUUUUGACUCCAGCUGAGGCCCCCUGGGUGGUUUAAGCCAGCCCUGCAGCCGCGUCCGGGAAGGCCCGCAGGGUGCGGGCGGGAGGGGCGGGGAGGAACUCGGAUCCGAGGAGCUGCCCCCGCUGCGGAGCCAGGGUUUUGCCUCCGGGAGGAGCCGGGUGACAGCGGCCGCCCGGGGACACACUCCUGAGGGCUUUUGCGUGGCAGCUUCGCAAGUUUUGUGUCUGAGGGGAACCCGAGAAAGUGCCGUAGGCCCCGUUUUUGGGAAACUCGAUUUCAGUAGUCGGUGCUGCCUCGCUGCGGCCGGCGCGUGUUUACCUUGCGCCCCCGCCCUGCCCGGCGCUGAGGGUCAGGUCCGACCUGUCCACAGGUGUCGACUGUGGUGUCACAGGAUGCUUUGCGUGUGGGAUGGAAAACGGAUUCCGGGUCUAUAACACUGAUCCACUGAAAGAAAAGGAGAAGCAAGAAUUUCUAGAAGGAGGAGUCGGCCAUGUUGAAAUGUUGUUUCGCUGCAACUAUUUAGCCUUAGUCGGUGGUGGGAAAAAGCCAAAAUACCCUCCUAACAAAGUGAUGAUCUGGGAUGACCUGAAAAAGAAGACUGUUAUUGAAAUAGAGUUUUCUACAGAAGUCAAAGCAGUCAAACUGCGGCGAGAUCGAAUUGUGGUUGUUUUGGACUCCAUGAUUAAGGUGUUUACAUUUACACAUAAUCCCCAUCAGUUGCAUGUCUUUGAAACCUGCUAUAACCCUAAAGGCCUCUGCGUCCUGUGCCCCAACAGUAACAACUCCCUCCUGGCCUUCCCGGGCACCCACACGGGCCACGUGCAGCUCGUGGACCUGGCCAGCACCGAGAAGCCGCCCGUGGACAUUCCUGCCCACGAGGGCGUCCUGAGCUGCAUUGCUCUCAACCUGCAGGGAACAAGAAUUGCAACCGCAUCUGAGAAGGGGACCCUUAUAAGAAUAUUUGAUACUUCAUCAGGGCAUUUGAUCCAGGAACUGCGAAGAGGAUCCCAAGCAGCUAAUAUUUAUUGCAUCAACUUCAAUCCGGAUGCGUCCCUCAUCUGCGUGUCCAGUGACCACGGCACAGUGCACAUUUUUGCUGCCGAAGAUCCAAAAAGGAAUAAACAGUCCAGUCUGGCCUCAGCCAGUUUCCUUCCAAAGUACUUCAGUUCCAAGUGGAGUUUUUCCAAGUUUCAGGUUCCCUCAGGCUCUCCGUGCAUCUGUGCCUUUGGAACAGAGCCAAAUGCCGUCAUCGCGAUUUGUGCAGACGGCAGCUACUACAAAUUCCUAUUCAACCCCAAGGGGGAGUGCAUCCGGGACGUCUACGCGCAGUUUCUAGAAAUGACCGAUGACAAGCUGUGACUCUCCGUCAGGAGUGCAAUCAACAGCCACGGCCGACCGCCGCCAAAGCGCUGAGUGUGCCCUUCAGACUCCCGGGGCUGGUGCCGGCGGCAGGACUGCCCGGGGACCUUGGUCCCGAAGCCAUUCUGUGGUUGUCUGUUUUCCUGAGCAGGGCUUCCCAUUUCCAGUAUUAAAGAAGGAAUAAUCAUCGAGGCAGCGUAGACACUCACGUGGCCGUGAGCAGCCCGGGCCCGGCUGCUGGCCUGUUUCCUUUAGUUCAGCUGUGAUGCUUUCGUGCUUCCGCCGCGCCCCCCGCCUCUUCCCCCCGUGCGCCUGGGGGCUCCGUGCACACAUAGGGACUGGGUUGAGAAAACGGUGGACAAAUCGAAAUUUGUUUUGGCAACAGAUCCCAUCAUUUUUACUGAGUCUGUAGUGGGGAAAUGAGCAACUGUGUAAAUGUUAGUUCUUACAUUACAACCAGAUUUUUCAAUAGAAUAAUAAUACCAGCAGCUUGCCUUAGAAAAGGAGAAGGGGAUCCCUUCUCCUGUCUGAACACGAAGAGACACAGCCGUGUUGGAGAACGCAGGGUGGGCAUCUCCCUGUGAGCCCGCGUCCUGGUCUCCGUGCCUGUCGUGAGCCUGUGGCGUGGCUGUGCGCGUGCUUGUGCCCGCGUCCCUGUCUUUCUGUCGGGAUGGAGGCAGGAGCAGCGCACUCUGUGUGCCCUGCGGUCUCCUGAGUGUCCCUCUUGUGUGUCGGGAGCAGUAACGUGUAGACUUUCAGAAUCAGUCCCCGAGAAAAGCGUCACGGAAUCCGGAGGAGGUGGAGGGAAGCGUUGGGCAUCUGGGCAAAGCAGGCCUCGUCUGGGCGGGAGCAGGAGACCCUGGCCGUCGCCUCGGGUCGGUCGGUCGGUCGGUCGGUCGUUGGGGAGAGUAGCAGUACACUAACGGGAAGGAAAGGCACGCGGUACCGUUUUCUAACGUGGUAACUAACACAGGUUAUGGGCUCUAUGUUGUUAGUACUCCCAGAAGUAUGUAUUUAAUUUGCUGAAAUUCCCUUUCAAGAAACCUAACUUCACGGUUUUGAUUUCAGGUAGCAAACGUCUGCGGGAGCAGCUCUCUGUUCUGCCUGUUCUCUUACUGUCAUGUAAUCAACUAACUUUGUAUGUGGGUUUCAGUGUAAAGUAUGCAUGUUAUACUUUUGUGUGUAUUUAAUCAUGAAAUUUAAUUUUGCACUUAUUUGUAAUGUUUCUUUUAAAUAAAAGUGACUAAUUUUGUCGUACUCUGUA